GAAAAACAAAAAAAGGGGGGCGUAGGGCCACCAAAUUCCUAGCUAAGGCUGUCCCCCCUUGUUCGUUGCCUAACUGUCAAGAAAAUUCCAUGACAGAGGUCUCUUCCUUCCUGCCCUAAAUCUAAAAGCUCAUGAUCUCCAAUCGAUCUCCAAUCACGCGAGCUUUUUCAAAGUUCGCGAAACAUGACCCUCUUCUCUAGACCCCAAAUUUCCAUAAUUUUCUUAUUUUUACUCCUCAUCUUCGUCUUUCCAGUCCGAUCUGAGGAUGUUUCCUCAGCCAUCCGCUUGCCUUCUGAAGCCACCAAUAACGACGGCGAUGUAGAUCUCUGUCCUGUAUCGGUGCCCUCUUCUUGCCCCGUGAAAUGCUUUAGAACGGACCCGGUCUGCGGGGUUGAUGGCGUUACGUACUGGUGUGGUUGUGCCGAUGCUUUGUGUUCAGGUGUCAAGGUCGCCAAGAUGGGAUUUUGUGAGGUCGGCAACGGUGGUUCUGCGCCUAUUCCUGGCCAGGCUCUCCUCUUGGUGCAUAUCUUGUGGUUGAUCAUACUUGGAGUUUCCGUCUUGUUUGGACUCUUCUGAAUCUUCCGUUCCUUUGGCUCCCAUACCAUUAUCUGGUUUGCUGUAUGAAUCCGUUUUUCAAUUUACAUUUUUUAUCUUAUACUUGAACAUUCUUUUGAGAGGAUCAUUAUUCAAUACCAUCCAGCUACGAAAGCUAGGAUACGCAUAUGUUAGAUAAUCCGUUUUCCUUUUCCAGAAAACUCCAGGAUAUAUGUAAAUUUAACCUAAAGAUUCUAAAGGUAAUUCACUGAAAAGAAUAAAACAUUGGCUUCAUUAAA